AUGUCAAACCAUCUUCAAGUGCCCUGCCCUAAACCGGUUUCAACCAAAGAAGACCAGGAAGUCGACGAGAAAAUGAUUAGCUUGCACGCUGAGAGCAUCCUGAACACUAUAGCUUUCCCCAUGGUCCUCAAAGCUGCCUUGGAGCUCGGCGUCAUCGACACCCUCGCUGCUGCAGGCAACGGUACAUGGAAAUCACCGUCUGAGAUAACGGCUAAUCUCCCAAUCAAACCCAAGAACCCGGAGGCGCCUAAUUUGCUAGACCGGAUGCUGCGAUUACUCGUAAGCCACUCGAUCUUGAAAUGCCGUGUCAUUGAAACCGGUGGAACCGGAAACACCGAGAGGGUAUAUGCAGCCGAACCGGUUUGCAAAUUUUUCUUGAAAGAUAGUGAUGGUUCUGGUUCUCUUGCGUCUCUGUUCUUGUUGUUCCAUACCCAAGUCCAUUUCAAUACUUGGGACAAUCUUAAAGAUGUAAUACUAGAUGGAAAGGAUGCAUUCAUCUCAGCACAAGGCAUGCCACUUUUUGAAUACAUUAGUUCGGACCAACAAUUCUCUGAGGUGUUUCACCGGGCCAUGUCAGAAUCUGCCACAAUGGUGAUGAAGAAGGUUCUAGAGGUUUACAGAGGAUUUGAAGAUGUUAACACUUUGGUUGAUGUAGGAGGAGCAACUGGCACCAUAUUAGGUUUAAUCACUUCCAAGCAUCCUCAUAUCAAGGGUAUUAAUUUUGACUUAGCCCAAGUUUUAACCAAUGCUCCAUCUUAUCCAGGAGUUGAGCAUGUCUCCGGAGACAUGUUUGUAGAGGUUCCAAAGGGAGAUGCCGUCUUUAUGAAAUGGAUACUACAUGAUUGGACGGACGAACAUUGUAUAAAGCUUCUGAAAAAUUGUUGGAUGAGUCUUCCAGAAAAAGGAAAAGUGAUCCUUGUAGAGAUGAUUACACCAGUAGAACCAAAGCGUGACGACUUUUUCUCAAACAUCGUGUUUGCCAUGGACUUGUUGAUGUUAACACAAUGCUCAAAUGGUAAAGAAAGAUCUCUUUCUCAGUUUCAGAAUUUAGCAUUUGCUUCAGGGUUUCUACGAUGUGAAGUUAUUUGUCAUUCCUAUUCCUAUUCUGUAAUUGAAUUCCAUAAGUAGAUUUGGAAUUUAGGAAAAUAAAAGCAUAUGGAGCUUUUCAGUUCUUGAUGGUUUUCUAUUGCAUGGAAUAUAGUUUCAUGGUAUUGGCUGCUUGUAUUUUUCCUUUCAACAUUGUGUGGUGUGUAAUAUUAACGAACUGUGAUUGUGAUAAGUGUUAAAGCGUGUUGUGCUUAUGCUAAAACUAUUUUUAACCUAAA